GUCACGGUCCUUUUUCAAACCUGACUGCCUGGUUUUUGUUACUUCUCAGUGCUUCAUACGCGGUGUGUCGUGCCGUGAUUCGCAAAUCGCUGAUUUUAUUCUCAUAGCUCAUUGAUGUGACUGGUUCGGGGUUUUUUUUCGUGGCUCAUUCAGCACCAGCACACACUCGUCUUUUGCAGGACAUUGCACAUCGGAAGGACAAUUGUCAUUUCCACGGCAUGGAACAAAGGCGAGGCGGAGGUAGGAGGGAGCGACGCUGCUGGUUGUCUUUAGUGCUCAUUUUGUGCAAUGGAACAUGUGCACAGCUCAGAUAUUCCAUAUCAGAGGAGGUUCAAGAGGGAUCUGUGGUCGGGAACAUUGCGAAGGAUUUGGGGUUGGAUAAGGGUGCACUUAAAGGGCGAGGAUACCGCAUCGUGGCCGGCACGGCUGAGCCCAUUCUGGAAGUGAACCAGGACGACGGCAUCUUGUUUGUGGCGAGGAGGAUAGACAGAGAAGAGGCGUGUGAACGCGUCAGCCCGUGUGUGAUCAACCUGAAAACAGUGCUUGAACAUCCGUUGGAGGUGCACUACGUUGCGGUGGAAAUAUUAGACAUUAACGACCAUUCACCUGUUUUUCUCGAAAAAGAAAAACGCUUUGAAAUAUGGGAGUCGGCUAUGCCGGGAGCCCGGUUCCAACUCCAAGCGGCGCGAGACCCCGAUGUGGGACAGUUUUCCAUUCAACAAUACAAACUUAAUCAAAAUGACUAUUUUCGUGUUGAGGUAAAGGACAGAGGCGAGGACCGUAAAGUUCCAUUUUUAGUCCUGCUCAAGCAGUUAGAUAGAGAGACAAUUGGGAGACACCGUCUGCGCCUUACAGCGGUAGACGGGGGGAAACCCCCCAAGUCAGGCUCCAUAGAAAUAAUCGUGGAUGUGCUCGAUGUGAACGAUAACUCUCCCAUGUUUGACAAGGAGGUUUACUCUGCCUCCUUGAAUGAAAACGUUCCAGUGGACACGCUUGUGAUUCAGGUAAAUGCGACAGAUUUGGACCAGGGCGCAAAUGGUGAAAUAGUCUAUUCAUUCGGCAAGGAGGUGGACUUCAAAGUAACAGAACUUUUCAGUAUAGACUCAAACACUGGUGAAAUUAAAGUGAUUGGCCACCUUGAUUUUGAGGAAAGCAAAAGCUAUGAAAUUGAUAUACAUGCGUCUGAUAAAGGGACAGUUCCUUUGACAGCUGAUAAGAGUGUCUUGAUAACCAUCAUUGAUGUCAAUGAUAAUGCCCCCGAAAUAGAGGUGACUUCAUUUUCAAACUCCAUUAAGGAGGAUGCAAAAAUAGGAACCACUGUGGCUCUGAUCAGUGUCAGUGACUUAGACUCCGGAAUUAAUGGUAAAGUGCUAUGUGCCAUCAAACAAAAUGUUCCGUUUUCUUUAUCGCCAUCUUUACAAGACAACAUGUACUCUGUAGUCACAAAGUCGAGAUUAGAUAGGGAGCAUGUUUCUCAAUAUGAGGUCACCAUCAUUGCGAAGGACACGAACGAGCCAGUGUUUUCAACGGAAAAGACCAUAACUGUUGUCGUGUCAGAUGUAAAUGAUAACAGUCCAGAGUUUUCAUCAAGCCCUUAUACAUUUUAUAUCACUGAAAACAACACACCUGGAGCCCCUGUGUUUUCUGUCAAAGCUUCUGAUAAGGAUGAAGCUGACAAUGCUCAAAUUUCUUAUCAGAUUAUCAGAGAUGCAACCGCAGACAUUAAAUUGUUGUCAUUCAUAAACAUCAACCCAGACACCGGCGAAGUAAUGGCACUGAAAAGCUUUGACUUUGAGACGCUGAAAAGUUUCCAUUUCCAAGUGGUGGCCACCGAUGGUGGAAGUCCUCCACUGAGCAGCAACGUGACAGUGAAGGUGUUCAUGCUGGAUCAGAACGACAACGCUCCAGUCAUCCUGUAUCCAGUCAGCUCCAACGGUUCUGCUGAAGGGGUGGAGGAGAUUCCCCGCAACCUGAAAACAGGAGACUUGGUGACUAAAGUCCGAGCCUAUGACGCCGACAUCGGAUAUAAUGGCUGGUUACUGUUUUCGCUGCAGCAAGUCAGCGACCACAGUCUGUUUUCUUUGGACCGCUACACGGGCCAGUUCCGAACACUUCGCUCCUUCACGGAGACGGACGAGGCUGAGCAUCGACUGCUCAUCCUGGUCAAGGACAAUGGCAAUGUUUCGCUCUCGGCAACAGCUACUGUGACCAUCAAACUUGUGGAGCCCAAAGAGGCUUUUGCAGCUUCCGAUGUCAAAAGUGCAGCAAAAGAUGACGAAGAGGACAAUGUGACUUUUUACCUCAUCGUCACUUUAGGCUCGGUGUCGCUCCUUUUUGUCAUCAGCAUCAUCGUGCUGAUCGCAAUGCAGUGCUCCAAAUCCACAGAGUACACUUCCAAAUAUCUGCAAGACGCCAAUUAUGACGGCACGCUGUGUCACAGCAUCCAGUACAGAUCAGGAGACAAGCGCUACAUGCUCGUCGGACCCAGAAUGAGUAUCGGUUCGACCGUAGUCCCGGGCAGCCACGCCAACACUCUGGUGCUCCCUGACAGGAGACACACUUCAGGGGAGGUAAGCUUUGUGUUAUUAGAUUAUUAAAUGAUUUCUACUGCACACAUGAAUUUUCACAUCCAUGUAAUUAGACUUUGUUGUAUGUGGACUCUGAGUGAAAACGGGAGUGAAGUUAUACAGUCAAUGGUACAGAUUUUGUGCAGUCU